AUGGCAGACGAUGAUGAGUAUAAAAAACAAUUAGAGCUUCAAAGAAAGGCCUUUGAAGCCCAGUUUGGAUCUUUGGAGUCGAUGGGUUUUGAAGACAAAACGAAGCAGCACAGCGAAGAUGAAAGUGUCGAUAGCGAUGGAUUGGAAGGUCAGUCGCAGGAAGAAUCUGGCAGCGAGAUUGAUGCUGCGAGCGAUGCAGAAGGUAGUUUUCAAGGGUUUUCUGGCGAUGAGACGGCCGAGAUUGAUAAGAGAAGCGAAUCACAGCCCAAACGUGAACCCAAAGUCAUCAAAUUCGACGGUGGUAGCGAUGUGUACGCUGCGCCAAACAAAAAGGAACAGAGGCUGGUAAGGUCUGGAAAGGCGCCCAGACAAAGCUUGGCAGAAGCCAGAUUGCAGGAAGAGAUGCAGACAGCGGGCCAGAAUUCACAAGAAGAGGACACGGCAGAUGGCGAAAAAGAGAACUUGCAAAAUGAUUUAGAGCUACAGAGAUUCUUGAAGGAAUCGCAUCUGUUGAGUGCGUUUGGUCGUAACGAGCCCAGCGGUGCAGAUCUCACGCUGCAGACAAUGAAUAACGUGGAAUACAGAGACGACCAAGUUUUCGGGAAAGCCCGUUCUCGUACGCUCGAAAUGCGACUUAAAAAUUUAUCUUCUACCAACGGGAAGGGCCAGAAGCUGGAAAAAGUGCCAAUAAAUAUCCGGAAGGGCAUGGUCGAUAAGCACAUCAAGAAAAUCAAGAAACAUGAACAGGACGCCCGAGACGGAGGCAUCAUUUUGUCGAAGGUUAAGAAGGGUGAGUUUAGGAAGAUCGACUCCACCUACCGCAAGGAUAUUGAAAGAAGAAUUGGAAACAAAAACAAUUCUGCUGAUGCACAACGAAGAGCAAAGCGUCAAAAGGGACUCAGAGUCAGUUCUAUUGGUCGCUCUACUCGAAACGGGCUGAUCAUUUCGCCAGAAGAAAUAAAACGCAUAAAUGGAGACGGCAAGAGCAAGUCCAAGGGUCGGAGGUAA